AGCCUCCUCCAAAUACCUGCCGUAUCCUCACCGAGUCCCCCUCUGCACCCUGCCUGGAGAGCCACACUCUGAAGCAUCAGGACCGUCACAGCUGCGCAGAGCUACGUUCCAGCCGAGACGGCCGGCUUUUGGACCACCACCUGUGUGUUGUAUUCCUCCACUGAUUGGCAGCCCCAGCUGCUGUCCCCGCCCCCUCGGCUGUGCUGAAACUCGACACCUCCCAGGCAUGAAGCUUUGUGCCAUCCUCUGCACCCUCAUGCUGCUGCUGUCCCUGGCACUGCCCAAGUCGCACGGCAGGUACCCACAGCGCUCCAUGGAGAUCAGAAACCCGGACAUCGACGCCUCCUGGUACACGGGACGGGGGAUCAGGCCAGUGGGGCGUUUCGGCCGACGGGAAUUGGGGGUCGGCAGGGGGCCGGGGAACGCGAUGCGCAGGGUGUGUCUCCCCAUUGCCACUGACGAUGAUGGCGACGCGUCCCUCGAUCAGUGAGGAACCCCCUCCCCCCCCCACCCCUCUCAGCUUUUUGUUUCCUGUGAUUUUUCCCUUUUUUUGCUGAUUAAAGACUUGUAAAUAUGGCAACCAAAGACUCACUGUGAAUCCCGCCGCUCCUGGCAA